UCAGCAACACUCCCAGAAACGCGGCAGCCGCAAAGCCGGGGACGCUCCAGAUUUCGUGGCCGGUCACAAAUUUUUGCGAGGACAGCCGCAGCCAUGCAGAAAAUUAAGGACUCCGAAAAAAUGAAGAUCUUUGGACUCCAGGCCUUCAGAAAGCACAAGGAGGUGAUCCCUCUUGUCGCGAUCAUCUCAGUGGCCACCCUCGGUUGCAUCGGCUUCAGCAUGUACACGAUGACCAAGCCGGAUGUCCAGUGCAGCAGAAAAGACAAGAUCCCGUCAUGGAUGCGGUACAGCGCCGACAAGACACAAAAGCUCUACACAACGGACAAAAACUGGAAGCUUGACCAACGGACCGUCGAGGUGGAGAAGCUGCGCAAGGAGAUCGGAUCUACGCACUGAGCCUUCGUGAGGCUCAGCUCGAGCCAUUAUAGCGUCUUACGUUGCGUAGGCUGUGAAUUCAGGCACCUAGCCAAUCUGUGAUCGGGGAAACAGAAAACUUCAGUGGAUCGAAGCCUAUAGUUUCAAUUUCCUAUGCGGACAUAUUAAACACCGCUCGAAAAUUGCAUUUCUGGCAUCCCAAACAGAGGGAAAA